AUGCCGACCAACGAUCCCGCUCCUUCCGGAGCCCUUCGAUCGCCCCCCGAAGGCAUAUUCCCCAGCUUCGAGGACCUUAUCGGUUCCAUCCAGCGCGUGGCGAAGGAUCAGGGUUUCGGAAUCGUAAAGCUCCGGGCUAGCAACUAUCGUGACCACAAGCCUACGCGAUAUGAUUUGGUGUGUGACCGCGGCGGCGUCAAGUACAACAGCACUGCCAAGAAGCGUAACCCGAGCACGAGGAAGGUUGAUUGCCCUUGGAGGGCGAAGGCAGUAUGCGAGGUCCAGCUCGGCAACCAGUGGCGUUUUCAGGUUCAGUGCGAUCAGCACAACCACGAGCCCCGAGUUCAUAGCAGCAAUCCAGGCCAGGAGAACACACCGACCGCACAGAGUAUACGAAGCCUCACGAAUAAGAUGGAUCGUAUGAGCCACGAGAUGACACAAGCCUUCGAUCGCAUCGAGCAGCGCCUGGACGGCAUUGAAAAAAGAAUCGAAACUAUGGAGUCGCGCAUGGGUGCGGUAGAAGCGCGCAUGUCUAGCAUGGAGACCCGAGGAACUGUCGUUCCUCAGUUGGCAGCUAACCCAGCCAUCAUCGUCAUGUCGACAUAA